UCCCUUUCUCUACUCUAUUUCUGCAUCUGUAUUGUGCGAUGCCGUCAGAUUCUCAGGAACUCCCCUUUUUUAGAGGUUGGAGGUAGCUACGGAGAGGUUGGAAGCGAGGAUGUUCAACAAUAGUUCGAAAAGGUGCUUCGGAGCAGGGCGGAAAAUGUUGAAAGCGGAGAUUUUGUGAUGAUGCCAACAAAUAUUUUUAGGUAUCCACAGAGGGACUUUGAAGCAACAGUUUGGGUUGACCCAGAACGAAUAUAUAUCUCUCUAGCGGUCGUAAUAACGGGACUAAGGACAUCCUGGGGACGAGGAUGAGGUUGACUACACCACAAAAUCCUUAUCGGCUAAAUAAAGAAUAUGUUAAAAUAUACACAACACUCUCGUUGGCCCUAAGAGACGAAAUUCUGAGGAAAAUAUAAUACCCUUGAAAAUUUUGGCGGACAAAAAGGGGGCUGAUUAAAUUUUCGGCAUGUUUUUUGUGUGCGUUUUCCAUCGAAAUGUGUUGCUAUGGCUGCUAAAAAGCAAAAUAUAAUGGAGAUAAAAGCGAGAAACGGGAUAUCAGAGGACGAAUUACCAGUAUGAUAUUUUUUUUGCUAAACCUUUAGGUUAUGUUAUUAUAUGACUUGGCAAUUACCAUGCCGUUGUUAUUCUAAAAUUAACUAAAAAUAUUACAUUGCAACACGACUAAGUUAAUUUAUUUGUGUUCUUUAGAUAAUAAGGCUGGUUUGUUUUUAUGUUGAUGUUAGCAUAAUGUAAUGGAGAUAAAUGCGAUAAUUUAAAAAACACUUUACAUUAGAUUUCCCAUAAAAUGGCGGAAAAGCUUCUGUCCGUAAUUUUUAGAGAAGAAAAAAUAGUAGUUUUUUAAUGACAAAUUUAAUGUUAAUCCGUAAAGAUAACAGAUUUUAUGGUUAUUAUUUUUUAAACUGUUUAUCUCGUUGUUAAAUACGGACAAUGUACAAAACAUUUUCUGGUCUAAGCUGAGAAUUUGCUAAAGAUUUGUUGUAACAUCGUUCAUCAUCGUGUCCGGAGUUAGCUACCAUUCGUUAUCUAUAAACAAGCAAUUCUAGAGAAGUAAAACAAAACAAAACUGAAGCGUAUGAAGAAUACAGCAACUUGGAUAUACAUACUUUUCUAACAGAAAAUAUUAUUUAUUAUUUUUAGAGGAGAAAAUGCCCUUCCAGAUGGAACAUUUAUCUUCUACCUAGAGCUGGCAAUAGCUAGCCAGUUACUAGUUAAAAUGACCUUAAAUAUACUUGAAAUAGAGAAAAAGGUUGGUAAUGUGGAUGGUGUUAACUCGAUAGGAGUUGAUGGUUUUGAUUCCACAGAAAAACGUGUUGAAUUGCUGCAAGAACUACAAGCUACGCUAAAAAAUAAUGGCGGAAAAUUUAACUGGGAGGAUCCUAUUAUUUUUGUUGAUAUCUUAAGUUCGAGUUUUUCUGAUACUUCUCCAUCUACAAGGAUAUUAUCAAUGGAUAUAUUAAGUGACGCAAUACCAAUGUAUGGUUAUGAUUUAGAUAAUCACAUGGGACUUUUGUUUCCUCAGUUAUUGCAAAAUCUGUUGCAUCGCAAUGCACCUGUAAAAAAGGCUGCAUUACAAACUCUACAUACUUAUUUCAAGCAUAGUUCAAAUAAGUCCAUGGUUAUUAAUUACUUAAUCAAAGAUGGCAUUAAUAACAGCCAAAGACUGGUGCGAAACGAAGUUUUAUUAGCUAUACCUGCAUUAAUUCGUUCUGGUUUUACUGAUGUUCUGUUAGAGCAGAUUUUUACAUCUGUGCUAAAAACAGUGUCAAAAAUUGAAAAUGGUGAUUCAACUCUCCCUGUCGUUUUAUGUUUAGAACACAUUAAAGGUGUUAUGGACCGUGACCAUUUUGAAGAUUUUGUUAUGUCAUUAGAUGAUGAUUUAAACACAAAGUAUAGAAAAACUCUUGAAAACAGCAGUUUUGUUAGGACCUCAUUAAACAGUGGUGUGACACCUCAUUUAGAAAAUGAGAAGCUAAUUAUGCAAUCAGUCAUAGAAAAUAAAAAUGGUGAUAUAAUUUAUGGUUUUGUACCUGCAAGAAUAAUUAAUAGACUUACAAGUAAAAAUACGUGGCAAGAGCGAUCAGAGGCUAUAAAUAAUCUGAUGGAAGUGGUAAAUUUAAAUGCAGAUGAUGAUUUGUUAAAAGAAAAUUACCAUAAAAUAUUUGAACACCUAGUUGACCUGGUUGAUGAUACUAACCUGAAUGUCUCUCUAACUGCUCUUAAUAUUGUGCAUAAUAUAAUUCUGAAAAUUAAUAUUCAUGUUCAGACGCAUUUACCUAUUGUGAUAAAAACUCUUUUUAAAAAACUUAAUGAUCCAAAACUUGUUGUUAGAAAGAUUAAUUUAAGGAUUUCGUUAUCUUUAAUGCAUUGUUUAUCACCAAUGAAAUUUAUACAAUCAGUAAUACCAUAUCUUAAACAUAAAAAUACACGUACUCGCGAAGAAGUAGUCAACAUGGUUACAGCUGCUUUGUUGAGCUUUCCAAGUUGUGACUUUGAUUUGCCUGCACUAGCUGGUCAGUUAGCAUUUACUUUACUAGAUCCGAAAAGAAGGGUAAGACAUGCAAGUUUGGAAUGUUUUACAAUUUUGGCCCAACAUCUUGGGUCGGGUCAAUUAAGUCCACUUGUUUCUGCAGUAAAUGCUUUAGAAAGUGUGGAUGGUGGGGAUGGAGUGUUAGUUGCAGUGCAAGCAAGAAUGCAAAGAAGGAAAUUGCCUUGUAUUAAUCAAGAUGGAUUGGUUGAAUAUGGACUGAACGUGCCAGCUAAUAGCAGCAGAGGUGCACACAUGGAACCUGAUGUAGCAUGGGUCAAAGCAGGGUCAUCUGCUGGUGGUGGAAAUACGUCCAGGCAUAAUCAUGAUGAUGGCAUCCAACGUAGACGUUUCAGUGCUGGCAAGAAAAAAUUGCCCUGGCAGAAUGACGAUGAAUUUAAUGUGGAAGUAAAACCAAGGAAAACUGUUGGAAGUGCACCAGUCCGACUGUAUGGACAUAACAAUCUUGUUAAUAAGAACAAUGAUGUUAUACACAGCUCUUCUAAUUCCAACAAGAUUGCAUCACAUUCAAAUGCUGCGUCCCAUCACGAUCCAUAUAUUUAUCCACGCCCAGAAUCACCAGGUGUAACCUUUGAAAUGCACAAGCAAAGAAUGAAGAUAUUUAAAGCUGCUGGUCUACAAGCAGAUUCCGCUAUGAUUAAUCCCAAUAUGGCUUUUUUAAACAUGUUACCUCCCAAUGUAAGAGAUGGCCGACAAUUUAACAUGACAUACAAUAAGUUGGGUUUAAAUUCCAAUGCGAAAGAUGACACAUUAAUUUUUGAAGAUGCUUGUACUAGCCCAUUAUUUUCUCCGACUAAUGGAACUUUAACACCUACAAGAAUGCUUUCUCCGAAUGAAAAAGCUUCACCAGUACCAGUGAAGCCUGCAUUAGCUCGUUCAGCUUCCAAGAAAAAACAGAAAAUGCGAAUAGAAUCAAGAAAACAAUGGGAUAUGGACAAGGAGUAUAACAAUGAAUCAAUCUUAGCACAUACUCUUCCAAAAACUAACAAAGAUCCACUUGCCAGAAGGAGAAUAUCACUUGAUUCUAGUUCUCCUUUUCCAUCAAGACCAACAAUUCAUCGCACUCCAUCAGGUCGUCUUACAAACAGAACAAUUUCUGACACACAGCAAGGAACUGCCGAAGUUUCUAAUUUAAACAGAAUGAAAAAGCUCAGUAAUUCUACUCCUGCUAUUCCGACUAAUUUGAUCACUGCUAAUGUUUCUCCAGAAAUAUUAUCCCCUGUGUCCCCUGUUGGUAGGCAUGGCAACCAUUCACCAUGCAUAAGAAUUCCACAUGCUAAGGUGUUGUCUCAUGUCAGUACAGGAAAUAGUCCAAGGCAUAAAUCAUUUAACGAGUAUCCUAUGCAAGUGAAAGGUGAAUCUUCAAUGUCAAGUCCAGACAGUCUGGAUGAAAAUGAGCUUCCUGGUGCUCCAAAACUCGCAAGAUCAGCACAAGAAAAGUUGCGAAAGUUAAAAGAGGACAGACUUCGCCAAUCAACAGAUACAGCCCUAGUUGUGCAGCGCAAGAAAGAGAAUCGCAUGUCGAGAUCUUUAGAUACAGUGGAUGGGUUGAAAAGGAGGACAAGUUAUACUGAACAUGACCAUGACUGGCAUGCUUUGGCUGAUAAACAGGAUUCUGAGGGAAGAGGUUCAUGGGAAGAACGGGUAUUAAAAGAAGAACAAUUGAGGUUAACAAAUGAAAAGCAAAAAAUAACUGCCAAAGACAUACACCGGAAUGAUGAGAACAAUCAAAACAUAUUAAAUCAUGACGACAUACCGGUUGGUAAUUUCAAAAAGAAUCGCAAACACCCAAAGCCAGUUGCUGUUAAUAAAAGUAUAGAAGUACCUUUAAAUCGUAGACCGCAGAAAAAAAUAGAUUCGUUCACUGAAUUCGAAAUUGAGACAACAGCUGAAAAUGUUGUAUCAGAAUGGCUGCCUGGACACGAGCAAAGUGACAUAAAUCGAAACAGCCAUGACUUGCAGAUCAAUGGAGCUGCUAUGUUUCAAAACCAUGUCAGCCUUGAUGACAACAAAAUCAACAAAGAGAACAAGAAAGCUAGAAUUAGAGAAAAAAAUAAAAACACAGACUUCAACAACAAUAGCAGUGACAAUGAAGAUUUGAUGAUACAAGGCAAAAAACAACAAAAAGCUACACGUAGCAUUCCACUAAAAGCUUCUAGCUCUCCACAAGUUCAAAGAAAGAAUGUGACGAGUUCUUCACCUCGGAUAAUGGAAGAAGAAACGCCCCCUCCUAGAAGUUCUAGUUAUUCAGAAGAUCUUGAGCAGCAUCUUAGUAACCCACAACAAGCCGUGGCUCACGGACUUAAACUUCUAGCGUCUGGUCCUGAAGACUGGGAAUGCAAAUGCGAGGGUCUGGUCACAUUUAGACGUCUUGCAAAAUUUCAUCCUGAAUAUCUCCCUGAUGACUUUCAUAUGAUUGUCGAAGCUGUGCUAGGACAGGUGAAAAACCUCCGUUCACAAGUCACUCGACUUGCGUUAAGCUCCAUAGGUGACUUCUUUUUACACGUUCCACGGCUUGUAGAACCGGAGUUAGAAGUCAUUUUGAAAACUAUUUUGCUCAAAGCGGGCGACACCAACCAGUUUAUAAGAGCAGAUGUCGAACAUGCUAUGAAUAACCUUGUCGAUCAUGUUCAUCCCGUCAAAGCUAUAUCAGCCAUUAUAGUAUCAGGGAGUAAACAUAUAAAUGCCCAUGUUCGGAAGACUUGUGCUAAAUCUCUGGCUGACAUUGCCGAAAAUAUUGGCUCAGCUCGUUUGCUUUCUUCACACAAAGACAUCGUCCCCAUCGCUAGCAAACUUGCUGUUGACGCCCAACCGGACGCAAGAUAUCACGCUAGAAGAAUACUGUUACUCUUAGUUCAUCACCCCGAGUUGGACAGCAUACUACAGAAACGUUUAGCAUCAGUCAACUUGAGACCAGUUCGUGACAUUGUGGAAAACCUAAAAAAUAAGGGUUUAGGAGAACCACCCACAGGAUCCGCCAGUUUACGAAAGUCUAUGCGAAAUUCAGCUAUGCCAUCACCAGCUACAUCACGUAGAUCACGCAACAUUACUCCGACGCGUUCAGUACUAAAAGAUGCAGAAAACAUUGAUGAAAUUGAAUGUGAGGCUGAGUCUAGGUCUUCAGGGAGGCGAAAGAAAAGAGUACCAGGUGACGAUAAAAAGGCUAUGGCGCAGUUGGAUUACUCAAAGCUUGAUCAACUCGAAGCAAGUAGCUGGAGUGAACGUUAUGAAGCUCUCGAUGACUUUUACGAUCUUGUCUCGAUGAAUCCAGCGGGCGUUGCGGCGCAUGCCAUCAAGGUUUUUGACAAAUUUUGUCCCAGGUUGUCGGAUUCUAAUAGUAAGGUGAACUUGUAUGCUUUGCAAACACUUAAUAGAUGUAUACCUAUAUUGAGAAAUGGAAUUUCGUCAGCAAUGACAGUCAUUAUUAACAACCUAAAAGUGCCACUCUCAUCAAAAAAUGAAGCGAUCUUCCAAGCGGCGAAAGAGUGUCUGGUCACACUGACUAAAUAUGUGGAAAAUUCCUGUUUGGUACAACCUUUGGUGACGUGUGUGCAGUAUGGAAACACACGGAAUAAACCUGAGCUCACUGAAAGAUUAGCUGAUAUAAUUGAGCCCGUGUUUUCUCGAAAACCUGGCUUAAUUACUAGAAUAGUUCUACCUCUGUUGUGGAACAUAUUGUCUGCAUCUCCUUCUGGUGCUUCUACGCCUGGUCGCGCCAACUUACAACAUUCCAUCAAUCGUCUUUGUAACAUCUUAUACUCAUGUUUGGGCGAAAAGUUAAUCGAAGAGGCCGAGCUGCAAGGUGCCCGUGCUUCACAGAGGCUAGAAGCAUUUUUGGAAAAGUAAAGAAAAGGCGUCGUUAUUUCUUGAAGAAGUUUGCGGUGAAGAACCCAGUAGUACUUGGGUUACAGAUUCUAGUGCAAACUACCAACAGUUUGUGGAACAAAAACCUGGCUACAAGAUAACAAGCAGGUCUAUCCUUAAUAAUAUUUUAGACUUAAGUUUAAAGUUUAAAAAAUGUUUGCCAACGAUAUUAAAGUAUAGGGUUUUCUGUUUUGUUAAAUUAAAACCGUUUUUUCUUUUGAUAGGUGAAUUAAUCAAAACAGGGUCAACAAAUAUUCUUUUUAAUUUUAAUUCUGUUUUUUAAGCUUGCGAAAUUUAUUUAUGUCUUUUAAUCAUGCGUUUGCACCUCAUGUAUAUAUAUGUAUAGAUAUUUAUUCCUUUGAUUCUUCUUAAAAUGUAUAAAGAUUUUUUUUUAAGAAUUUUUUUAUGAAUAUCAAAUCAGAAAGCAAAUUUAACAACCUAUACACGUACUACGUUAUGUAUAAAAUUAAAUUUUUAUUAUUGUGAGGGCGUGUACAUUUUUGAAUGGCGGGACUAAGGGUGUUUUCGAGAGACAGAGCGACGUGAGUGUGAAAAUGCGGUAGUAGAUAAAUUAUUGUUAUGGGUUUGUGUUUACGUUUUAAUUGUGUAUAAUGCAGUGCAUUGUUAAGCAAAGAAGAUAUAGUUAUUUAAAUAACAA